GAUUACCACAGUUUUGCUAGAAGUGUUCACAUAAAAGGAUGUUCUCCUUACUGGCUCAUAAUGUGAAAUUAAAAAGGAUGAGCUGUAUAACUGUUAAAAUAUGGAUGCUUUAUGUACCCUUGACAUCACCUAAAAUACAUCACAAAUAAUACCGUAAAAACGGGUCAGCUCAGUGUUGUGAAACUAAGCACUAGGGCCUUUCUUUCUAAAUUGGAGCCUGGAGGAUUGGGUUGAGACUAUGCUCAGUCACACAGUAAUGACAUAUGGUACGGGUGCCAGAGGGUUUUCUUCCUUUACCUGCCAAGUCCAGACCUAGCCACUGGCAAACUAAGGAUCUCGGAAGUUCAAAGCACCUGUUUGUUUUUCUGAACCGUCUCUCGCCCUCACACUUCCUCUCCCAGUAAUUUCAGAGUCCUAGAGAAAAGAGAUAGUAUACUCUAAAGAUAAUGUAUUAAUCCAGUGGGAGAUUAAAGUGAGAGCAAAUUACAAAGGCGUUACUCCCAUGAAACGCAGGCGUAAAUGAGAUGGUGCUCUCAGCGGUGGUGGCGGUACAGAACUCGAAUGGAAAUAUUUUCUUAAGUGGCUUCUAUCUUGUCGCAGGGUUUUGAGUGUUGGGGAGAGUUAGGUGAAAAUGAAAAGCUUUGUUUCAGAAGGCAGUGUAAAUCAUGAAAUACCAUCUGAAUAUUCUUUUGGCCAUCUACUCCAUUCACUGAUUGCAUACAAAUUGGUUCAUUGCUCUUUGUUUACACUUAUUUUACAGUCUUAUCUUUGCAUACGAAUCAGUCUGUCCUUUUGUGUUCAUACACGUUAUGCCGUGAUGCUAAUGUGUUCUCUUUUUCUUUUAAUCUCCAUUGAUAACAGAAUAUAUGUGAAUUUCAAGCUCAGGAUGUCUCAGAAGAGGAGCUCAAGUAGGCGGUCAUGCCCAUUGCUGCUGCUGAUUAUUGUCGUGGCCUUUGUACAUUUAACUGUCUGUCCAUUUACAAAAGUGGAGGAAAGCUUUAACCUACAAGCCAUCCACGAUGUUGUGUACCAUCGUCUAGACUUGGAUAAGUAUGACCAUCAUGAAUUUCCUGGAGUUGUCCCAAGAACGUUCCUUGGACCAAUUUUUAUUGCUGCUCUUUCCAGCCCAGCUAUAUACGUACUUUCGGUAUUACAAAUGUCCAAGUUUUACUCCCAGCUGAUAGUCCGAGGAACUUUGGGGCUCAGUGUGAUUUACACUUUAUGGAAGUUACAAAAAGAAGUUAGAAAGCAGUUUGGAGCAACUGCGUCAACAGUCUUCUGUCUCAUAACUGUUACUCAGUUUCAUUUGAUGUUUUACUGUACACGAACCCUUCCUAAUGUGUUUGCACUUCCUUUUGUGCUCCUGGCGUUGACGUUUUGGAUACAGCAAAAGCAAAGGCCGUUCAUUUGGUUCUCAGCUUUGGCAAUUAUAGUCUUCAGAUCAGAGCUCUGUAUGUUUUUAGGCCUCAUGCUUCUGGUGACAUUAUUGAAUAAAAGAGUCUCCAUUUUAAAGGUGCUUUCCCAUGCUGUUCCUGCUGGCAUGUUUUGGCUGGGACUGACAGUUGCUGUGGACUCGCUAUUUUGGAGGCAACUUCUGUGGCCUGAAGGGAAAGUGCUCUGGUAUAACACGGUUUUAAACAAAAGUUCCAACUGGGGAACCUCUCCUUUUUUGUGGUAUUUCUAUUCAGCCCUGCCUCGUGCUUUGGGAUGCAGCAUUCUAUUUGUACCCUUAGGUGCGGCAGAAAAGAGGACUCGGAUGUUACUUUUGCCAGCGCUGGGCUUUAUUUUCUUGUAUUCAUUUCUUCCACACAAAGAGUUGCGUUUUAUCAUGUAUACUUUCCCUGUCUUCAACAUAGUGGCUGCUAAAACUUGCUCACGAAUUCUAAAUAACUACCGGAAAUCCUGGCUGUACAAACUUGGAUCGCUCUUUGUUACAAUGCAUCUUCUGGUUAAUGCAGCUUAUUCAGGAACAUCUUUAUACGUUUCGCAUUUCAAUUAUCCUGGAGGAGUAGCAAUGCAGAAAUUACAUGAGUUGGUACCCUCUACAGCUGAGGUGUCUGUUCAUAUUGAUGUGGCUGCAGCACAAACAGGAGUUUCUCGAUUCCUAGAAAUCAAUUCAGAUUGGAGGUAUGACAAAAGAGAAGAUGUUAAACCAGGAGACCAGUUGAUGUUUUCUUAUACACAUAUACUGAUGGAAACAAAUCCUCUUCAAAUGUCACAUUACAAGACAACCCACAGGCCCCUGGCAAAUAUACCUGGCAUCAGUAAAAUUGGGUUGAACCUCACUGCACUACCUCCUUUUACUUUAAACUUAAAACCAAAAUUAGUACUGUUGGAAAAACUUCCCCUAUUGUCUUGACUGUGAAUUUUAAGUAAGUCUUUUGAUGACUAAAUAAGACAAUUGCAAAUUGUCAUUCUAGCGCUGCAAUUCAGAUUCUGUGAAAAGGUAUGGAAAAUAAUCUUGGUAUUGAUUGAUAUUUAGCUAUGUUCUGUUUUCUUACAUAAAUAUUGCACCACAUUCCUAGGCAGUACUCAAAUACUGAGCUAUAUCGUUGGAUAAGUUUGAGAGAAGGUACCUACAAUUUUAGCGCUAUUAAGUAAAACCCAUGUACUUAGUGCAGGCAGCUAUUUCAUAAUGCAGCACAGGUAUGUCCUAAUUGCCCUAUAUAAGACACAUAAUGGAACCGGUUUGUGCUACUGCAGUAAUUUGAUAAGUAAUCCGUGUGUGCAAAGAUAUAUCAUUUGACCUAUCUGCAGGAUUGUGACUCUCCCCCCUCAGUUGUCAGAUUGCCUGUGUGAAACUUGAAUGAUGUAAUCAACACAGCAAAGCCAUAUUCCUUGUAGCUUCAUCACAAUAACUAAUUGUGCCCUGUAGGCUACCAAACUAAUUAAAGUGAAAGAUUCAUUUGAAAAGCAGUUGCACUUCUUGGCAAGCACUGUUUCAUAGCUGAUUUGAGUAUUAAAGGAUGGCUGUCUGUAUUCCAACAGUGCAUGAAUAAGCGGUGCAACUUGGAUUUCACAGAAAAAAGAUAAUUUUUAAAAUGAUGUUUCCUCUUUUCUGCUGCAAAGAUAUUAUCAUAAUUUGCAGUGCAAAAGUUACCUAUGGAAAUACUGACUUGAAUACACUUGAAGAUAGGUGCUAUUUUCUUUCUGUAUAAACUAAGUAGUCCCUUUGGAAAUGAAUGUGCCUGUGUGUCAUGGACAAAUGUGUUGCACUCUGUAAAUGAGAAUAAGAUAGCAUGCUCUGUAAUCUCUUCUUAAUUAGAAGUGGUAUGUGGUGGGGUUUUUUUUUGUUUUGUUUUGUUUUGAAGAAUGUCUACCUUGCUGCUUGCUGGGUGGAAGAAGUUAGAGGGUAUACCAAGAAGAAAAGUCAGAAUUUCAGUUAGGAGCAGUUAUAAUAUGGCAGGAGGUCUAAUAUUAAAAAUUUAAUGUUCCAGAAAUAAACAUGGGCAGAAAACUAUUCCUUACUGACUGAAAACUCAAGAGUAAAAAAAUUCUAACUGAACAAAAGUUUUUGUUUCUUUGUUUCGUUUUUUUUUUAUUUGUUUCCAUCCUUAAAGCAGGUUUCAUUCAGGGCCCUACCUUUACCUUUGUAUGUGUUUCAGUUUUUAGGAUAGUAUUUUCUUUUUUUAGUCCCUGGAUUAUGUAUCACAGGAACUAAUCUGGUUGGGUGGAGCCUGCUCCACUGUGGGUGGCUGUUGUGCAGGCUUUCUCACAUUGAGAUCUGGCAAAGGUAACCUGCAGAACUUGUUACUCCAGUCUUUGGCCUCUCUUGAAAUUGAAAUUACUGGAGUAUUAUCUAUUUGACUUCUCUUUGGAAGAAAACUGAACUUUUCUCCAGAGCCAAUUUGAACAUCAAAUACUUCACAGGGUACAGAAGGAAGUACACGUGCAAAUAUCUGAAAAUUAGAAGAAUGCAAAGGAUAUAGGCCCUUGUGUGUUAAGCAUAAUAAUUAACUUUUUCAAAACUUCCCCUGCAAUGUAAUCUGUAAGUGGAGUACCUAAACUCAAAUGUAUCCUGCCCUAGUGAAGACCAAUCUGAACUGCUAAACUUAGGCAUAUGGUUAUUCCAGCUUUACAAAUUCUUGGUUGCCUGAGUCCCUUCUGCAGAAACCUUUUUUUCUACUAACAAGAGAAAACUUCAGCCUAUUAUGCUUGUAACAUAUGCACCUCAAGUCGAUGCCUAAAUUUGCAUAGGAUGUACGGACAUUUGGCACUCCGUAAUGCAUACAACGAGUUUAAUCUUGUUGAGUGUUAGGCACGUUUAGUUGACAAGGACCUUCCACGGACUUACAGGUGCCGGUCGAACUUACACCAGUGCUAGUGCUUAGCUGUGGCAGUAGCGUGUAGUACUCCACACAGGCAGAGCUACCAGUGUAAAUAGGAGCUAUCAGGCCAAAAUAGCCUGUCUAGUAUAUUUGUUAGGGGUGGACAAAAGGAGUAUAAGGAGACAAAAAACAGAUGUAUUGCAGUUUUGUGCAGUUUCUAAAGUUUAUUUAGGUCCUCUAGCAUCUUGCUCUGCCUGUGGUGUUAAAGCUGUUGGCGCUAGCAAUCGAAGGACUAAAUCAUGACUGAUGCAGCUGUUCCAGUAGUCAGCACUGUAGCACCAGUGGCCGUGUGACUUCUAUGACAGUGUGUGUAACCCCCUACAACAUAUGCUAGGAGCGUCCUAGUAGCCCACACUCUAAAUAAGAAGGGCCAUCUGUCAAACUUGGACAAGGAUUACAGCAAUUUUUCCUCCAAGGCUACCUUCAAUAAAUAAGCAGUCCUUGGAAUAGAAGCUAAAAGCCAGCUCUUCUUUCUUUUUAAAUGAACGUUCUAAUCUGAGCCCCGUGUCUGCUUUCUUUAGCUCAGUGAAGGUCUGCCAGCAGAGUUUUCCCAGAAAAGUUGCGGAAACAGGAAGCUUAUUUUCUUCUUUACUAUAGAUUAGUACUCUUUAAUGUAGAUUAAAACUCAUAUUUUCUUUCUUAAGUCCCCUUAGAUAUAAUAGGGUACUAAGCAAGUCUCCCACACCUUUAACAAGCGCGUAAAGUGGGGCUAUUACAAAUUCUUUUGGCUUUUAGGGGAGAGGGGGGAAGGGAAGGUUGGAGGAAGCCCAGAGUUAUGACAUGAGUCUUGUAGGUAAGAGACACGCUCUGAAGACUUGCUUGCAAUUUAUCACGGGACUUCAAAAUACUCUCUCAUGAAAACUCACGUUUUUAAAAGAAAAAUUCCUUUUGUGUCAAGUGAUUACACACAACCCUGGCUUAAAUAUAGUGUUUCUUACUAAGAGCAGAAGUAGCAUUAUUCAAAUAAUUGAGGGCUAAAUUAAACAAAGCAAAAAUAUAUAGUACAGUCCAUCUGUAAAUUGUUACAUCUAUGACAGUAAAACACUGUCAUAGAAAAUGCAUUUAACAUGUAUAAUACUGCUGUAGAAUGAGAUUUAUUUUAGGAUGUCUCUUAAACUUCCCACAGGUCAUCAAACGUUCAGUAGCAGCAUGUAUUGCCUUUUGAAGUUUGACUUAAUUUCUUACAAACAAGGUUUGUACCUGUAAAUAACAAGGCUAACACAUGACUAGGACACAAAUACAGUGCCAGGAAUGGCUCAGAGAAGGUGAGUAAUCACCUUUGUAGCACAAGAUUUAUGACACCAUAUAAAUUAGCAGAUAGAUGUCAAACUAAAUACAAUAAUUUUAGAUUGCAUGGAAGAAGUUAGGGAAUUCGUUCAUAGAGGAUAUUUUGUAUGCUAAAAGAGGUUCAAAACAGGAUUAAACAAAUCAGUAUCCCAUCAAGAACUAAGAAACAGAAGAUAAAGGAACAACUUCGAGUUCUCAAAAGUCUCUAAGAAAUAGAGUGUUCACAGCUAGGAAAAAUACCAGACUUAUUUAUCUUACAGCCUUCCCUAAGUACCUGCUAUGGGUCUCUUGGGAGAGAGAAUUCUGGGGUGAGGGGACCUGGAGAAUGGCUGUAUUAGGUGAUAUGCAUAUAAAUAUUUACCUGUUAACACUGAGAAAAGUCAGAACAUACCUUCCCAGGUUCUUUCCCAUACCACCUAUUUCUUUCAAAGCAGCAGAACACAACCUCAAUGCAAUGUAACUGCAUAAUGCAUUUUGAAACAGGUUGAUCCAUUUUUCUCACUACCUGGUCAUUUCACAGUUCCCAUUGGUACAACAGAUCACACGUUUAGGUGAACAAGACAGAUGAUUGUGCUGCCUCUCCUAGUGCAGAGUGAAAACUGUUGCAAGACUUAUGUCUGUAAUUCGAGUUUGAAAGGUGGUAAGAAGUUUAAGCGCUUGUUUGCUGCAUGUCAACAUCAAAGCAAAUGUGUGUGUAGUGGCGGGAGGGAAUACUUUUUAAUAUAAUCUUUCUCUGGAAAGCAUGCAUUCAUUUAAGGGUUUCAAAUAAGAAAAAAGUUACCCAAAGCUUCUUGUUUUUUUCCCUGGAAUUUGAGAACACUUUUUCAUACGUUAAAAAAGUUACACAGAAGUCUACUGCUGCCUUCCUCACUUUGUACCUGUAUUCCUUCUUAAAUUCUCCGCUUUCCCUUCUCAGAGGGCUUUGUAACUUAGUAUUCAAUCUUAGUGUUGUACAAAUGACUUCUUUCUGUUUGCAAAAGAACAAAACCUCAAACCAAGUAUAUCAUCAAUGUCAGCAAGACUGUUUAGCCACAGCUGUUUCAAUUAGUCGGUUACAUAAUCAGUCUCAACCAUAUCUUAAAUGAAAUUUAUCACUACCUGGUUAACAUAGGACGCAAGAUUAAAAUGGUGUUUGCAGAAAUUCCUGAAGUUAAAUGACAAAAAACCUCAAGGAAAUUUUUCUUCAUUUUUUCUUUAAUCGUAUGUGAUUUCUAUUUUUAAAUAAAUGAAAUGAUCUUUUUGUAUGCAACUCUUAUUUUAUAGCAGCUCUUUAGAUUAAUGUGAUCAAUUCCAGCUACUUCUGGGUGUUCACUUCGGACCUUUGUUUAUGACAGCAAGAACAGUCAGUGUUUUCCUGAAACUCUGAAUCUUACCAUGAUGGGCAGUCUUUCACAGAUGCUACUUAAUUUUAGCUGCAACUGGCCUUGGUUCUGUACCAAGCUUUAAUUUGUGUCCAGUUAUGUCAAAUCUAACGUAAACACACUUUUGGAAAUAUAGUCCAUCUUUUAGAACUGACAAUUUGAAUCAAGAAACUGAAAGAAGGAAUGAGUUUAUAUAGAAAAGAGUUAGGGAUAGUUCAGGCCAAGUUCUAGCCAUUUGGUAUGCAGGCCAAUAGUAAAGCUGGGGAUGAAAUGAGGCAGUUUUUGGGUCAGUUUUGCAAGGAAAUCGAAAAGGUAAAGAAUCACUCUUUCUUGUUGCUAAGAAUAAAGCAGAGUAUGAAUAUACUUUUGGAAAAACUAAAAUGAUAAGUAGCUUAUCAAAUCUGAAUAACCUGGAAUUAGAAAGUCCUAUUUGCUAAUUUUAGUAUUUUUAUUUUCCUGGGUUUGGAGAUACCUAAAUGCAAGUAUGUUACCGUCAGCUCUGUAUAGUGGAGGGGAAAAAAAGUUCCUUUUAAGGGACAGAUCUCAACAAAUGUACACAUCUACUUGGAGAUGGUCGUCUGUAUUUACAUUUAAUUAGUCACAUUCUUGUGCUAGAAUUAAACUAUGUUGUAGACUGAGAUUUCUGUUCUUUGUAAAUUCAGAAGCUAAUUUUGGGUGGGGAAAAACUCUGUACAUUUCUAGUCAACAGUCACUGCCUAAAUUCUGCAAAGAGGUUUACUUCUCUUUUACUGGGCAGGGGGGAUGGAGGCCACAUGGAAACGGGGCAAGAUGGAGGACUGGGAAUAGGAAGCGUUAUUCAGAAGUUCCUGCAGCAUAAUACAGAUUUCAAUAGAUUCUUUAUAUUAUAUAAAUGCUUUACAAAACUUGAAUUAUUUCAAAACUAUUGCAGAUCUCUGCUUCUUCCCCCUCCUACCUUUAAUACUGAAGAGAGAGUUCUUGCUGCAUAGUGUACAAAUUGUUAUUCCUGCCUACUCUUAUAAGAGGAAAAGCUCUGAGAUCCUUAUGAUUUUGAUGAUGCAUAAAGAAGCAUCUAUACUUCAUGUUUUAUGUUAACAAAAAGGUUACUCACUAAAUUUCUUAAGUUGCUCAUGUACUGAAAUUGACUCCAUUUUAGUAUCACUAUUCCAGGUUCAUCAAAUCGGUGUGUAUUAGGGAGCUGUCUACUGCUGCAGGACCUGGUUCAGCACAAACUUAACUUCAUAAAAACUUCCACCGUUAACAGAGCUUGUGCUUUUAUUAUAGUCUGAGAGGAUCUGCAUGGAAUGUGAAAAUAAGGGAGCCUUCUAUGCGUUACAAAUCUGAGAAGGGUUGGAAAAAAUGAAGAUUUUGGCAAUCAGUAAGAACCUAUAUUAAAAAUAAUAUUCAAGUGAAAAUAAGUUCAACAAGUGAAAAACAACACAAAAUCUGCCCAUUCAGUAACUUACCGCAAUAAUUUAAUGAACACUUCCAGCCUGUCCUUUGAAGUCGUUCUUUUCUCAAAGUAGUCAAUACCUGAACUGAAGAUGUAGAUGCUUCUAUAACGCCUACAGAAGGAUCAUGGUUUACAUCCAAAAAAUAGUACAUUUGUGCUUUCAGUCCCUCAUAUGUUUAUUUAGGUUUUUAAAAGACUCCAUGUCUGAAUUUUAAGGCCUUUCAGGCCUGCAAAUUAUUUUUAUAAAGAUCUAAUGUAAACAGAGUAUUAAUUCUGAACCAAGCUGAUACUGGAACAGUGCCGUCUUAAGAACUAAUACCCUUCAGAAAAGGAAACUGCAAUUACAAU